GAUGGGAAGAGACGACAUGCUUUCUCUGGUGCUGCCCCUGCUGCUCGCCUCAGUCGCCCUGGUCGUGUGGCUGUGGGGGCAGCUGAGGCGCCCUCCGCGAUUCCCGCCAGGUCCAACAUGGCUUCCAGUGGUGGGCAACUAUUGGGGCAUCCGCCGUCUGGGCGAAAAGUUCGGAUCGCAGCACGAGGCAUACGCGUACCUCGCCCAGAAGUAUGGGUCUCCCCUGGUGGGCCUUCGUCUGGGCGGCGACUUGACCGUCAUCGUUUCCACCAAGGACCUGAUACGCGAAGUGCUCACGCGACCCGAAUUUGAAGGACGGCCCCAAAACUUCUUUGCGUACCUUCGCAACUUGGGGCAGCGAAGAGGUAUUUCGUUGGUUGACGGCAAGCUGUGGCAGGAACAGCGCGCUUUCGCAAUGCGUCACCUGCGUUCGUUGGGAUUCAAUGGGGCAGCCAUGCAGGCUCAAGUGGAGGAGGAGGUUCGCGCCCUGCUGGAAGAACUGAGCGACAGCUGUGGGAGGCCGACACAGCUCAAGAACCUGCUGCCGCCCUCCGUGCUCAACGUCAUUCUCCAAUUCUGCGCUGGAUACCGCUUCCCCCGCGGCGACCAGCGCCUGCAGACGCUGCUCAAUCUAGUAGAAACUCGUUCGCGCGCCUUCGACAUGGCUGGAGGCAAACUCAGCGCCAUGCCGUGGCUGCGAUUCAUCCAGCCCGAGGCAACGGGAUACAACGCACUCAUCAAGUUCAACGAGAUGGCGCGCGCAUAUUUUAUGACAAUUAUCGAAGACCAUAAGGCAACAUAUACGCCAGGGAAAAGGAGAGAUCUCAUAGAUGCAUUUGUCUAUGAAAUGGCGAAAGCGGAAGAGCAGCAAAAUAAAAAUACAACUUUUACUGUUUGGUGUAUUGUUCUUUGUUUUCCGGAGAACCAGCUUCUCAUGCUGUUAUAUGACAUGUUUGUCGCUGGCUCAGAAACGACAAGCAACUCUCUUCGAUUUGCUUUUCUUAUGAUGUUACGGUAUCCUGAUGUCCAGGAACGAGUGUACAAAGAGAUAAAAGAAGCAGUUGGUAAUGAUAAACUUCCAACUCUUGAGGACAAAGACAGAUUGGUUUACACCAGAGCUGCUAUUAUGGAAUCACAGAGAAUGUGUUACGUCAUACCAACACGUGGAACUCGACGGGUGCUAGAAGACACCACCCUACACGGCUGUAAACUUCCAAAGAAUACAGUUGUCCUGACAAACAUUUGGUCAUUGCAUAUGGAUAAAGACCACUGGGGCGAUCCUGAAGUGUAUCGACCAGAACGUUUCAUUACUGAAACUGGAAAGCUUAGAGAGGAUGAUGCAUUCUUACCAUUUGGUCUUGGUCGACGUCGGUGUUUGGGGGAGCAAUUGGCAAAGUUUUGUUUAUUCCAGAUGUUUGCUGGAGUCUUGCAAAAAUUUCGUCUUGUUCCUGCUAAUGGUACUGGACUGAAGCACUCUAAUGUUGAGGGCAUUAAUCUUGCACCAAAACCUUAUGACAUUAUUUUCAAACUUCGAUAACAU